UUCACAAGGUGGCGGUAUCUUAACAGUAUAUUUUCUUAUACAUUCUCAGCCCGCCCACCCCCACCCCCGUGUGUUCAGAAAUCAACCUCUUUAUUCGGACAACAUUUUGCUUGCUCUGUCGGGCGAACUGAAUGGAGAUCGGUUUUUUUGUUUUAUGAGAUACAUAAUAGCCUAGCGGGAACGAAAUUAUUUACUCUGGUGAUGAAAACAACACCCUAGGAAAGUGGAGAAUCAUGUGCGCAUGUGGAUUUUUAUUUACAACGCCCGCUAUGAAACAAAGAGGACGGGAUUCAUGGCGAGUCUGCUCGACGCUGCUCGCAGUUUGGGUCAGGUUUUCGCUCAUAAUUUCUACCUCAGCGCAGCUGAGAUACACCAUAUCCGAGGAGCUUAAAGAAGGAAGUAUUGUGGGAAACCUAUCCAAGGAUCUUGGAAUAGACGUGACUGUGAUGAGAAGGAGGGGAUUCCGUAUAAUGUCUGGGAUGACUGAAGCUCUUUUUAAGGUAAAUGAGAACGACGGUGCCCUGUAUUCUAAGCAGCGAAUAGAUCGAGAGGAAGUAUGUAAAGAUAACAAUGCAUGUUUGGUCAAUCUCAAGACAGUUCUGGAAAAUCCGCUAGAAAUCCACUAUGUAACAGUGGAAAUAACUGAUUUAAAUGACCACUCCCCCACAUUUCCUGAGAAAAUAAAGCGGCUGGAGAUCUCCGAAUCUGCGCUGCCCGGAGCGCAGUAUCAGCUACAAAAGGCAUAUGAUCCGGACGGUGGCGCAAACUCCGUCCAACAGUACACAAUCAGUCAGAAUGAACAUUUUCAACUCGAAAUAAAAGAUCGUGGUAGAGAUGGCAAAACACCGAUUUUGCAGUUACAGCGGCAGCUAGACAGAGAAGCAAAAAAUAGCCACAAAUUGGUGCUGAAGGCUAUAGAUGGCGGGACUCCUCCAAAGACGGGAACAGUUGAAAUAUACAUUGACGUCAUUGAUGUCAAUGACAACAUGCCAAUUUUCACUAAUGACAAAUAUUCAGUAGUGCUGCAAGAAAACGCUCCACUGGGUACAACAGUCAUCCAAGUUAACGCAACAGAUUUGGAUGCAGGAACUAAUGGAGAGGUAAUUUAUUCAUUUGGCAGUGAUGUCAAGGAUAAAAUUAGAGAGUUGUUUAACAUCGACUCUGCUACAGGGCAGAUCAUUGUUAAAGGGCACGUAGACUUUGAAGAAAAAGACAGCUAUGACAUUGAUAUACAGGCCUCUGAUAAAGGAAGUAUUCCAUUCAAAACAUAUAAAAAUGUUAUUAUUAAAAUUGGAGACAUUAACGACAAUCCUCCUGAGAUUGAAGUUGCCUCUCUAUCAAAUGCAGUUUCAGAGGACUCCAGACCAGGAACAACAGUGGCACUGAUUAGUAUUACAGAUUUAGAUUCUGGCAUUAAUGGAAAAAUAAUAAGCUAUGUUGCUGAUGACACACCAUUCAAAUUAUCUCCGUCAAUUCAAGAUAACAUGUUCGCUGUAGUCACCAAGUCACAGCUGGACAGAGAAGAAAAAUCUGUUUAUGAUCUCACAAUAAUAGCUAAGGAUGCAGGUGAACCUGCAUUAAUGUCACAAAGGACCAUAAGCCUACGUUUAUCAGAUACAAAUGAUAACAGUCCUCAGUUUUUGCAGAGCCCUUAUAUGUUUUACAUCCAAGAAAAUAAUCCACCAGGAGCCUCUGUGUUUUCAGUGCAAGCAUCUGACCGAGAUGAAGGAGAGAAUGCACUAAUUGGAUAUAGCCUUCUUAGAAAUGCAGGUUAUGAACCCACUGUGACAUCAUUCCUAAAUGUUAACUCAGAAACCGGAGAUAUUGUGGCGCUGAAAAGUUUCGACUUUGAAACCCUGAAAACUUUCCGGUUCCAAGUUGUGGCCUCAGAUUCUGGGACUCCGUCCCUGAGCAGCAACGUGACAGUGAACGUGUUCAUCCUGGACCAGAACGACAACGCUCCAGUCAUCCUGUAUCCAGUCAGCUCCAACGGUUCUGCUGAAGGUGUGGAGGAGAUUCCCCGCAAUGUGAACGCAGGACACUUGGUGACCAAAGUCAGAGCCUAUGACGCUGAUAUAGGAUAUAACGGCUGGUUGCUGUUUUCCCUGCAGGAAGUCACUGACCACAGCCUCUUUGGUUUGGACCGCUACACAGGACAGAUCAGAACCCUUCGCUCAUUCACAGAGACAGACGAGGCUGAGCAUAAACUGGUCAUCCUGGUCAAAGACAACGGCAACGUUUCCCUCUCAGCAACAGCUACUGUGAUUGUCAAGCUGGUGGAGCCCAAAGAGGCUUUUGCAGCUUCUGAUGUUAAAAGUGCAGCAAAGGAUGACGAGGAUAAUAAUGUGACUUUUUACCUGAUGAUCACUCUGGGCUCAGUUUCAGUUCUGUUCAUCAUCAGCAUCAUCGUGCUGAUAGCAAUGCAGUGCUCCAAAUCCCCAGACUAUACUUCUAAAUAUCUCCAAGAGACUAAUUAUGAUGGGACCCUGUGUCACAGCAUCCAGUACAGAUCUGGAGACAAACGGUACAUGUUGGUUGGACCCAGGAUGAGCAUAGGAUCUACUAUAGUACCUGGAAGUCAUGCAAACACACUAGUGCUCCCUGACAGGAGGAGGACGUCUGAGGAGGUAAGGCUAUGUUUAUGUCCUUUUGGACAGUUUUGCAUAUAUUUUUCUCAGAUGUGUGGUUUCAGUUAUAUUCAUCACCGUGUUAUGAUUUUUCUUAGUUGGAUUUGAGUGGGCCAGUAGGAAACAUCAAUGUUUAAAAAGCCAACAGAAUGAAUUGGUUAAAGGUUAGCACACAUAUCACACAGAAUCCAGGUGCUGAUUAUACUGAGGCUGUGUCAUUUUAUGCAUAAGAGGUUUUGGCAAUGUUUGCAGUGUUUUGUGCUUUUGUCCUUUAUAUUGUCGGCGGGAAGUCUCAUGUGUGAGAAACACUGCAUAAUAUUUACAGAUGUAGUGAUGGCCAAUUACAUCAGGAGGAUCUGCAUAAUAAACUUCUUAAUGGAUUCAUGAACUAACUAAAAAGGAAUUGUAACUAUGGGAAAAUUAGUCAAUUUAGUUGUGAUGCAUAGAUAAAACUUUCCAAAUAUUUUAUAACCAUACAAAUCACAUUGGAAUAUUGAGCAAUACACUGGUUAUACCCUUAAAUUCAUAGCCUCCUUAAGACUGAUGCACAACUUGAGGCUCCUGUCACAUAGUUCACAGUCAUGCUUAGUAAGCAG